GAGUUGACAAGUGCGCCUCCCCCUCCAAACGUUGUUUGACAUACCCAUCGUUAUAGGCUUCGCCUCUGGCAGUUUCUUUUUUAAAAGGCAAGCUCAAAGCCAUAGAUUAUACAUUCUGCUCACAAACCGUGCGGGUUAAAUAACCUACAGAGAGAGAGAGAGAGCGCCACGGUGAGGAUCUCUUCUUUCUCGUUUGGAGACGAACAGCUUGCGCGUAAACGGCACCGGGCAUCACUGAAGGGAGAGAUACGUGGAUGUUUUAUUGUCUUUUUUUAACACACUGGUGACUGCAAGGUUGAAGGACAGCGCAGAGGGGAAGCAGCGUGACUGUCUUUGUGGAUUGCGAGCAUCGGAUGCGGUGACAUUUGGGACUUGAGCGCGCAAGGCACCUGUGGAUGCAACAAACACCCCCCUGAUGGUUGGACUCAAACCUUUUACAAAGAAAGGAUUCACCACAAGAUUUAGUUGAUCGUUUUGCGGUCUCGGUCGAACACCCUGCAGUUUAAAGGAGAAAGCGCCAUGCUGCUGAGUGUUUCCUUCCUGGUGCUUCCCCUGCUGAGUAUAACCGGCUGUGGCUCGUCAUACGUGCCGUGCGAGCCGUGCGAUCAGAAGGCCCUGUCCAUGUGUCCGCCGGUGCCCGUGGGCUGCCAGCUGGUGAAGGAGCCCGGCUGCGGCUGCUGCCUGACGUGCGCGCUCGAAGAGGGCCAGCCGUGCGGCGUGUACACCGGGCCGUGCACGCGCGGGCUCCGCUGCCUGCCCAAGAACGGCGAGGAGAAGCCGCUGCACGCGCUCCUGCACGGCCGGGGGGUGUGCAGGAACGAGAAGUUGUAUAAAAUGCUGCAUCCGUCCAAAGACGAGUCUCAUGAUGACACCCUGCUACCCGUCCCAGAAACAAUGCUGCCCCAAACCAAGGUGCCCAUUUAUGGAAGAGACCACAUCAGCAGUCGGAAGGCCCAGGCCAUGAAGCAGGCCAAGCACCGCACAAAGCUGGCAUCCAAGGUGGGACUUGCCAACAACAUGGAGUCCUCCCCGCUAAGCCUGGAUAAACUGGACCCUGAGUUCGGGCCCUGCAGGAGAAGAUUGGAUAAUCUCAUUCAGAGCAUGAAAGACACUUCCCGGGUCUUGGCUCUCUCUCUGUACAUCCCCAACUGUGACAAGAAGGGCUUCUUCAAGCGCAAACAGUGUAAGCCAUCUCGUGGUCGAAAAAGGGGGAUCUGCUGGUGCGUUGACCGGUUUGGCGUGAAAAUCCCCGGCAUCAACUACACCGGAGGAGAUCUGCAGUGCAAAGAUCUCGACAGCACCAGCAACAGCAACGAAUGAGAGUGGAACCAGGUCAUUCUCCUCGAGCCCCGUUCUUCUGAAAAAACAAAAAAACAAACAAAAAAACCCUGCCAAUCAAGCUAGCACACUUAAUGACUGCCAAUCAGGAAAAUAUGGCACAAAUGCUUAUAUAUGGUCAGGUGUGAUGGACUGCAUUACUGUUGUUUUUUUUCCAAAGGGGAGCUGAACUGAAAAGCUUGCUUAGAUGAAUAUCUGCACAUGUAGGCUCCCCACUGACUGUGUAUGUUUGAGGUCAGCUAUCACCUCUUCUCUUUAUAUCCAUAGAUAAUAGAGAAUUAUAUAUAUUUGUAUGAUAUUGAUAACAUGUUGUGUACUGAGUCUGAGUGGCAAGUUAUAUAUAUAUUGCUAAAUUUACUCCAAGAAAUUAUGAGACAAGACAUAUUUUAAAUGUGGCUAAAAAUCCAUGUUUUUGUUUUGGCGAUCAACACAGAAGAUGAAAAAUCAGUUCUCGUCUAAAUUAGCAAUGUUUUGUUAAUUGUUAAUUGUGUGGAUGACAUCCUGAUGUAAGAGAAAGGUUUUAAUAUAAUCCUGCCCUCAACCUACUGUCACUGAACACCAUCCUGCCAAGAAGGAAAACGGGGGAAGGGUUCUGCAGGAUUCCUAUGUUGUCAUUGUGGGCAGAAUCAGCUGAUAGCCAUUUCAUACGCCACAGCCAUUUCUGCAUGAUCGCUAUAAUUAUUUUUUGGACAGAGAGUCAGAAAAACAUGGGCCUACUUUCACCACUGAGCCAAAUCAGUAGACCUACAGCUAACAGAGGCCUGCACACUUAAAGGAAUAGCUAGAUGUUUUAAGAAACAAAUGUAUUUGCUUUCUUGCAGAGAGUUAGAUGAGAAGGUUGAUACCACUCUUACAAGAGUUACGGGGGAAAACGAUGAGCCUGGCUCUGUCUGAAGGUAACACAAUCCUCCUGUCAGCACCUCUAAAACUCACACAGAAACCAAAUUGUAAAAAUGAGGGUUAUGUACUAGACUAUUUCUUGGCUGGGACCAGUAACUUCUCUGAGUCUCUGCAGGUCUGCAGAGUCUGAAGCAAAGAAGAGAAGGCAGGGGAAAUCAAAUGAGGAAUUAAUAACAAUGUUUCCGCUGGUCAGAGAUGCUUAUUUAGUUCGUCUCAAUCAGCUCUGGUCCUAAACUUUGUCUUCACAGUGCACUUAGCCGUAACUGUAGCUCACUACUCUGCCACUGUCAGAUGAGUCUUGUAUGUUUCUGCUUGUCAGAUUUGAUGUUCACUGGUGAAGCAGGUUGUAUUUUGGGCAGUCAAAGCUGUGUCAUGUCAUGCCCAAUUAGCAGAUUUUUUAGUUUUCUAUAUUCAGUGUCGGUGCUCACUAAAUUUCUUGCUCUAAGCUCAGAAAGGCCCAUAGAACUUUCAUGAACAAGCAAUUAGGAUAAAACUCACUCAACAAAUAUACUGUACUGUAACUAGUGUGCAUGUGUGUGUGUGUGCAUGCUCCUGUGUGUGUGUGAAUGUGUGUGUACUGUAUGUGCCAUGCCCUUAUAGUUCUCAAUUUCAAAAAGCUCUAGGUUUAAAUUUCACAAGCCCCAGCCUUCCCAAGCUACAGUGGUGCCGAGCGUUUCCCCUCACAGCUUGCACUCAAAUCGUAUGCAAAGGCCCCAUGUUGUUUAUUUUUCCAUGUGUAGGGUCUUCACUGCCACCACGCAGGCAAAUCUGUCGGCCCGACGGUGACUCGCUCUCAGGGUUCAUCGGGUUCUUUAUCCUGCGAAGAGCAAGGUCGCUAAGUUUGUAUGUAAAUUCAAGUGCCUUCUGCCCCACGCCACUUUGAAUUUUGAUUUGCAUGUGCAUCCAUUUGGGUCAUUGAAUGUGGGACGCUCCAGCACAAAAGAGGAAAACAAUUUCAGGCACGGAUGUGGUCUGAAAGAUUUUUCGUGUUUAUGGUUUUCAGUUGGUUGCUGACAAAGAUUGUCAUGAUCUUCCAGUCAAGCGCUGCUGAACAUUUGAUGACAGAGGACAAAUAUCUGUUGUUCCAAAUUGGCGUAACAUCCUUUUUUUCAUUGUUGUUGUUAUAAUCUUAAUGUUCAGUUAAUGACUCUUAUAAUCUCAGACAUUGCUAAUGUCUAAUCACUAUAUUGUGAUAUUAGGAGUUUUGACAGGGGCUCAUCAGCCUAUUCUUCCCAAUAAAACACCUCUCAUGCUGUUGAUUCUAACACAUCUAAACACAACACAGUGACACUUUGAACAUUUCAGAAUCUCAAUUUAAAAAAGAUUAAUGUGAACAUUAUGGUGAAAUAUUUAUCAGGCGUGUAAUUGAUGUACUCUUUUUUUUUUGUAAUGACAAAUCACUAUUUAAAUAAAGUUCCUGUACUCACAAAAAUACA